GUGUAUGUACUGUACCGACUCGAGUUGUUCCUCACAGUCUCCACAGAUAUGCUCCUCCUCGCAGACUCUGUGUUACACAAGUGCUGUCAACGACUCUGGGACGAUCACGAUCACUAAAGGCUGUACGUAUCCAGGGGACUGGAAAUGUUCUGAUGGAGGCUUCUUCUACUCGUACAACCUCGGCUCCUCGUUCCUCCAGAACACCACAUGCUGUGACUCACACCAGUGUAACUCCGCCCAGCUCCCCAUCCCUGCGCCCCCUGCUGGCUCUCUGCAGUGCUACGGCUGGGACCCUGAUACUGAAGUGUCUACUGCAAAUGUGACCUGCAACGUCCAGGAAGUGUGUGGAGGAUUUGUUACGUCAAACCUGCGGCCGCUCUACGGCUGUGUCUCUGAGAACAUCUGCAACAGCAGUCUGACCACAGCGGUGUCCAUGGGCCAGUCAUAUGUGUCCCUGAGUCAGUCAACUGUGUGCUGCAACACGUCCCACUGCAACCCCCCAGAGCUGGGGCCGCAGUGCAACUACUGUUCAGGUUCCACCUGCUCCAAUGACAGUUCAGUGACCUGCUCCAAGACGUCCGCCUGUUUCACCCGGACCCGCACAUAUUACUACACUGAUGGAUCUAACUACACUUACAUGGAAAAAGGCUGCAUCAGUGAGAACCUGUGCCCUGCGGCCGAACCCGAGAUCUUCUCCUACAAAACGGGCUACAACACAGAGACGUUCUUCUGCUGCAGAUCUGACCACUGCAACGCACCAACUCAGCCCACGCCCCCUGCUGGUCCUCUGCAGUGCUAUGGCUGUGAUCUUCGACAGGAAACUGCAGAUACGUGAACUGUGAUGAAGGACAGAGCUGUGGUAACUUUACAAAGUAUGGGUCUGAGGUGCGCGGCUGUGUGUCCAACAAUCUGUGCAACACUCUAAUGCCUCAGUUGAGGGAAUCCUACUAUGACCCAGUGACCUGCUGCAACACCACCAACUGUAACC